AUAAGUCUUCUCCCAUCUCCCUCCACCACCCGACCACCCUCCCAAGAUGCCUAUCUCCAUCCCUUCUUCAACCUCCGGGCCACCGUCGGCCACCGUCUCUUCCCUCCCUAACUCGGUACAGCUCCACCACCGCCCCGAUCGAUCCCGGUGCUUCCGAAUUACUUCGCCAUCUUGCAAGCUGAACCGCUUCAGCACUCCGCCGCCGCGCCAAAGGGUUGACGUUGGGACGAGUCGAUGCCUCGGCUGUAGCAGAUCUGCGUGGGGGGGGAAGAGAAAGGACUCUGCUUCGUGCUCGGUCACCGCUAACCGUGACGGCGAAGUCGAGUCCGGCGUGGAAUUUCCCCGAGACUACUUCGAGCUCCUCCAGCAGGCGAAAGAAGCAACUGCACUGGCUUUAAAGGAUGACAAGCAACUGCUGGAGAUUGAGUUUCCUACUUCUGGACUAGAAUCUGUGCCAGGUGAUGGUGAGGGGGGGAUUGAGAUGACCGAAUGCAUGCAGCUAAUCAGAGGAUUCUGUGAUCGCCUAAUAGCUCCCGAAAAAUCUACUCGAACGCGAGUGUUCUUCCCAGAGGCAAAUGAAGUUGAAUUUGCAAGAAGAUCAGCAUUUGAAGGGACUGCACUAAAGCUUGAUUACCUAACAAAUCCAUCAUUUUUUGAGGAUUUCGGUUUCAUAACCAAAGUCAAAAUGACAGAUCGCGUAAAGCCAGACGACGAAAUGUUCUUGGUUGCAUAUCCCUACUUCAAUGUCAAUGAAAUGCUUGUGGUGGAAGAACUUUACAAGGAAGCAGUUGUAAAUACCGGCCGAAGGCUAAUUAUCUUCAAUGGAGAACUUGAUCGGAUCAGAAGUGGAUAUUAUCCACAAUUCUUCUAUCCCAAGUUGGCUGCACUUACCAAGACAUUCCUACCCAAGUUGGAGACAGUCUACUACAUUCACAACUUUAAAGGACUCAAAGGAGGAACACUUUUCAGGUCUUACCCUGGUCCAUGGAAGGUAUUGAGAAAAUUAAGAGGUAGAUACAUAUGUUUGCAUCAGCAAGAAGAGAUGCCAUCACUGAAGGAAGUUGCACUCAACAUUCUUCCAUCAGCAUAAUCCAUGAGAUACUAGCCAUUCCAGCGUCUUUAUGUACAUAUACACAGGUAAAAUUGCAAGUCUGAUGUACAGGUUUGGUGGCAUUGUCUGGGGAUUACUGUGACAAGAUGGGGGCUUUAAGUGUGCAUGAAACAGUAUCCUUUUACCAAGAUGUUGGCAAAAUUUUUUGCCUUGAGAGAUUUGUUGAUACAAGAUCUCUAUACCUCUAUCACUAUUUUGCAAUUUUGGAUCUCUGGCCUCUUUUAUUCCA